AAGAAUAGUCCAGAAGGAAGAGAGGCAGUCCUUAAGAAAGUAGCAUGAAAUAAAGUUUACCAACCUGAAGAUCCUGCAUGUUCAGAUAUGUUCCUUUCAUCAUCUUCAACUCGGCUUCCUCCUGAGAAGGAACACUUCUCACGAUGUUGUUUCAUUCGGGCAACCAGGCCUUGCAUUUCUAUGUUGCACUGUUUGCAUUUUGCAUGCAUGCCUGUCUUACCCACAGUGAAGAAAUGAACCGAGGGAUGAUGCUGAAAUUGGAAAACCUGGUCCAGUUACAUUGUGCUUGCAGACAGCUGCACAGUCUUUCUUACAGGAAAAUUCACAGAACACAGUGGAAGCCUGUGAAGUCAUCCACAUACCCCAUGCAGCCAAUUCAGCUGCACCCACAGUUCUGGCAAACAGACACAUUCAUCAGUGUUGCGCUCUCACAAUAUAGACUUUUAGCUACAAAGGAGGGGAAAAGACCAGGGAAACAGAAAUUACCACCAAUAAAACCUAAAAUAGAAAGGCAGGAGGUAGAGAUACAGCAGAGGAUGACAGUUGAAGAUCUUGCAAGAGCUAUGGAUAAAGACAUAGAUCAUGUAUUUGAAGCCCUGCUACUCACAGGCAUUGACCUAGACUCACUAGAACCAGAUUCCAUUUUGGAAGAAGUCUGGAUCAAGGAAGUUGUUAAAAAAUCAGGGAUGAAGUACAAAUGGGCAAAAUUAAAACAAGAAAAAGUCAGAGAAAAUAAAGAUGCUGCAAGAAGGCCUCCCGCUGAUCCAGCUUUAUUAACCCCAAGGCCUCCAGUUGUUACUAUAUUGGGCCAUGUUGAUCAUGGGAAAACAACUUUACUUGACAGUCUACGAAAAACUCAAGUGGCAGCAAUGGAAGCAGGAGGCAUCACGCAGCAUAUUGGUGCCUUUCUUGUAUAUUUGCCUUCUGGGGAAAAGGUAACUUUUCUCGAUACUCCAGGACAUGCUGCCUUUUCAGCAAUGAGGGCAAGGGGUACACACGUCACUGAUAUUGUCAUAUUAGUUGUAGCCGCAGAAGAUGGAGUAAUGAAACAAACAAUAGAAUCUAUUCAACAUGCUAAAAAUGCCAAAGUUCCUAUCAUCCUUGCCAUAAACAAAUGUGAUAAACUUGAAGCUGAUCCUGAAAGAGUGAAGAAAGAAUUGCUGGCUCAUGAUGUGGUUUGUGAAGAGUAUGGGGGUGAUGUUCAGGCUGUACAUAUGUCUGCACUUAAGGGUGAGAACCUGAUGGCUUUAGCAGAGGCAACUGUUGCUCUAGCCGAGGUGUUGGAACUGAAGGCAGACUCCACAGGCCUAGUAGAGGGAACCAUAAUAGAGUCUCGCACAGAUCAAGGAAGAGGUCCAGUAACCACGGCCAUAAUCCAGAGAGGAACUCUGAGAAAAGGAUGUAUUCUGGUUGCAGGUAAAAGCUGGGCAAAAGUGCGCCUGAUGUUUGAUGAGAAUAGCAAAACAGUAGAUGAAGCCACUCCCAGCAUGCCGGUGGAAAUUGUGGGCUGGAAGGAAGUCCCUUCAGCCGGAGCUGAAAUCCUUGAAGUAGAAUCUGAGCAAAGGGCACGUGAAGUUGUUGACUGGAGAAACUAUGCUGAACAACAGGAGAAGAUCAAACAGGAUAUGGAAGUUAUUGAAGCAAAACAAAAGGAACACAAAGAUGCAUACAAGAAAGAGCGAGAGAGCCUAGCCAAUCUGACCUGGAGACAGAGAAAAGCAGCGUUAUAUAAAACCAACAAACAUCUAAUAGCUAUGAGGUCUAAAGAGAGAGCGGAGAGUGACAGAAACGUGCUACCUGUAAUUGUUAAAGGUGAUGUAGAUGGUUCCAUUGAGGCCAUUCUAAACAUUCUGGAUAGCUAUAAUGCCAACGAUGAAUGUGAAUUGGAUGUGAUCCAUUUUGGAGUAGGUGAUAUCACUGAAAAUGACAUAAAUCUUGCUGAAACGUUUCAGGGUGUCAUAUAUGGAUUCAGUGUGAAUGCAAACAAAUCUAUUCAGCAACUGGCUGCUAAAAAGGGAAUAAAAAUUAAACUUCACAAUAUUGUCUACCAUCUUAUUGAAGACUUGAAAGAUGAAUUGAGCAGCAAAUUGCCCCCAUCUGUAGUAGAGCAUAUAAUAGGGGAAGCCUCUGUUCUCGCUACCUUCUGUGUCACAGUAGGAAAAAGCAAGGUUCCAGUGGCUGGCUGCCGAGUACAAAAGGGGCAGUUAGACAGAAAGAUGAAGUUUAAAUUAAUUCGUAACAGAGAUGUUGUUUGGAAAGGAUUUUUAACCUCACUGAAGCACCAUAAAGAUGAUGUCCAGGUAAUAAAAACUGGCAUGGAUUGUGGCCUCAGUUUGGAUAAGAACAUAGAGUUCAAUAUUGGAGAUGAAAUUAUCUGCUAUGAAGAAAAGGAAGUUGAACAGACAAUUUCAUGGGAUCCAGGAUUUUAAAUAAUUUUACUUCACUUGAAUGUAAUGGAGAAAAAGCCUUGCAUUAUUCCUGAUCAUCUUUACAGAAUGUUCUUAUAUUAAAGACGCUUACAAAGAGGCUUGUAUUGUAAGAAUUCAUUGGGUUCUUAAUGGGGGUGUCAACAGCUGAUAUUUCAAAAGGGUUUGUUUCAGGGGCUAUGAAUGAAAGGGAUAGCUUCCUCACUUCUGCAGGAUUGUGCCAGCUUUGUAGACCCAUGAGAUCACACGACACAGGAAAGCAUGGCAGUGUUAACUCCUUGGGGACAGAAGAGGAUGUGCUAGAAUGACUCCUAGCAUGUUUCAGAUAUGAGUAAAAAGUAACUUUUUAGGAAGGAAAAGACUAUUUCAGGUCACUGUAAUACUGUUUGUAUUGGUAACAUUGUUUGGUUGAUAGAAAUAAUUCACCCGUUAAAAUAUUAUCUGAAAAGAAUAAAAUGGCUAGACAAACACAUAAGGAACCAUUAGUGUACUGUCACUACAGCCUUUGAGAAAACAAAUUAUUUUAUAUGAAAGGUUUGGCCUUCAUUUAUAUACAGGUUGAUCCACUAGAUGAUUUCAUCUAAGAUUUGUGAUUCAUGUUUGCCUGGCAUAAGGUGGUCUGAUUAUUAGAGCGAGGGCAGUAGGAAUAUGGGGGCCAAGGUUCUAUCCCUGCUUUGAUAGACUUGCAGAUUUUGAAUGCCUGAAGUUAGAUAUCUGCAUUUGAAGUGCCUCUGCCUUAACCAUGUUAUGCUAUUUCUACUCUGUAAAAUUAGGAUAAUAGCAGCCACAUCUGAGAUGUAAAGUAUCCGGGGGCAGCCGUGUUAGUCUGUAUCCACAAAAACAAGGAGUCUGGUGGCACCUUAAAGACUAACAGAUUUAUUUGAGUAUAAGCUUUCUUGGGUAAAAACCUCACUUCCAUCUGAAAUGAGGUUUUUAUCCACUCCUUGUUUUAUCUCAGAUGUUGUGAUGUUAAUGUUUGUGAUGUGCUUUGUGGUACUUAAAUGUCAAGUAAUUAUAUUAGUGACUGCUGCCACUGUUUGUUUGCAUUAUUGUAGUGUAAAUAUUUAUUGCUGUUCUGUGGUUGCUGCCAGAGCUCUUUCUGCAGUUCCCUCCUAAAACUGUCUCAGAAUGUUAGACUUGUACCCAGAACUGUGUUGCUGUCUAUGGGUAUUCAUUUUACUAUUGUAUUACCAUGGAAAGAGUUCAUCUAGCUCCUCCUGGCCUUUUGCUGCUCCUAUUUAGUUUAGAUGCAGGCAGCUGCUGACAAGCACCGGGGGGGCAGUGGCCUGCUCUGUCAUAAAAGGAUUUGUGUUUUGUCUUGACUAGCCCCUAGCCAGUCACCUGAGUGCCAUGCAGGGGGAUGGAGCAGGGCUCUUAUUUCCAGGUGACCCCUAGCUCAACUAUAGGAGUCUAGAGAAAAGACAAGGGAACUCACUGGUUCCCCACCCCCUCCAUGCUCCCUGGACAAGAGAGUGAAGAUCCCAGCUGCUGGCUCCUUUGGGUGGGAGGGGGACAAAGUGGAAGCUCCUAUUACUGAUCUCCUGUACCCUGCACAGCAAUGCAAAAAAGAGGAGAUACCUCCCUCAUGCCAAAGUUAAACAGCAAAAUUGCUGCUGACUCCCCCUCCACCCCUCCCUUUGCAGGGCCAGUGCAGAGCAUGCCUAAAAGCUUGCCCCACAGCAGUAAACAAGCCAUGUACAAGCAACUAUCACCAAAACUGAGGCUCAAAAUCCUAUCAGACAAAACAACUUUUUUUCCUUAGGGGUUGUGUGUAUGUGACUUUUUUUAAAAUAAAUACAAUCUUCAUGGUGUCUAA